AAGUAAAUGACUGCUCCCUCGUACGACAACGUGCAGUUUCAGGUCGUCGUUAUGGAAGUCGGGCUGUGUUGAAGGAGACAGCAUCACUACCUGAGCUCCAGUCGUCUUUCCGUGUCAUGAAUUUACACGUGUCAUAUAUACAUUGUCAUUUGACUUCAACACAGUCCGCUGCGAUUGGUGUAAUGGUAGAAACGAUCCUGAUGGUGCGAUUGAAAAACACGUGGUUUUGACGAAGUAGACGAGAACAUUCGCCGGGAAGUAAUAGAUUUUUUUAUGGUUCGUGAAUGUGCACUUAUAGACUAAAUGACUUUGAAACGUGAAAACAUUUUUCGAACCCAAGAGCCAAUUUCGCUGCAGGAAAAUGGUGUCUUGGAUGCAUGUGGAGUUUUUCAUCCUGCGACUGUGUGUCCUUGGUCUGCCAGUGUUUUGCUUGUGCUUCCCGUGUAUCCACGGUGACGAUCCAUCUCUUCAUGUGUCCGGUGACGACCAGAGGUUGUUAUGGACCCCAGAAGAGAAUAAUGGAGGAAAUGCGAUGCGAUUCACCGUGGACAACCAAUCAGAUCCCUUGUUUCAUCCCGGGUUUAUGGACUACUGUCGUUUGUCAGAAAAUGCUUUCUCAGGGAGUGAAGGUUCUUCAGUUCCUGGCUACCACUUGAAGAAGGUUCUUAUCCUGAUCUCGCCGGGACAGCGAGCCACAAAGAUUGAUUUCGAAAACAUGACCAGUCCCGAUAUUAGCUGUGACUUUGAGCACCACGCCAACCUCGCAAGCCAUCGCAAAGUUCAAAGUUUCCCCGAAGUUGCUGAUAUUUAUCGUCAUAUGAGAUCAAAGAAAGAUGGAUUCAAAAUAUUUCGACCAUACCCCGAUUCACCGUUCUGUGAGUAUGAGGAGUUGUCUCCCCUUGGGACAACCCAGCAUAUACUUUUAGGUGAAUACAUUGGAAGAAAAUAUUCCAAAUUUGGGUUCGAUGAACCGUAUUCCGUGGAGGGGAUGUUGACAGCGCACUGCAUACAAGACGAAGCUGCCUAUCAAAGCAUUUUUGCGUUUCUGCAUGGCCUGCUUCAUGAGAAAGACUUUGUUUCGACAACUGUCCAAAAGUCCUUGAAUAAUUUUUGUCAAAUAUAUCCCAGUCAUAGAUGCUCCUGCCCCAAAUCUGAUUUCCUCCAACACCAGAUUGCAAAAGUAGUUCGAAGAGGGUUUCAUAUAUUUAAGGAAACUGCCAAAAUCGAGAGGAGCAUCAAUGAAAAAAUAAGCAUUCCUUAUCAUACGGACAUUGCCCCUCGUGAAAUCGUGUCCUUCCUUUCGUCAUGGGUAUGUGAUAGGAGGCAACAUCCAUGCAAAGAUGGCACCUGUUUCAACAUCAGCAUUUCAAAUUUAGAUGAUGUUUUCCAGUCAGCUAAUGAUUAUCUCAAUCACAUAACGUCCACAACUACUUUCAAAAGCUAUGCACAUCUGAACGUUUAUCCAUUUUUUGAGAGAUUGUUCAAAUGGCUGGCUGGAAGUGGGGACGAGAGGUUUUCGGUUAUGGCGGCUGAGGAAGACUUUGUUGUCAUGGUGAUGACAGUCCUUGGAUUGCCUGUGGAACAAAUUCUUCCGUUAGCUUCGAGGCUUGUGUUUGAGAUUCACGAAUCUCCCCAAUCAAAAGAUCUGAUUGUUAAAAUAUUUUUGAAUGGAAUUGAUGUAUCUGAUAGACUCGCUGUGAGUACAGAUCUGAAUGCCUCAAUGCUUGGUCUUGAAGUGGUGAGUGAAUAUUAUACAAGGUCACUGUUAAGUAGUUUCAAAGACGGGGAUUAUUACACUGAAUGCAUAUCUUAAUCCUUUUAUCAUUUUCAGCAGGAAACAAUUGUCAAGAAUAUGACUAUUUUCCUGCUUGCUAUAACACAUGAUAUCUAUUUAUGAGUUGUUGACAGGUUUUAAUGACCUUAUAAGUCUGGAGGAAUCAACUUCAAAUAUCUUUGAAAUCUGAGAAGCCAUGAAUGAGUUCUGCAUGUUUGGGUUAAAAAAACACCAUAAAACCAAUAACAGCAUAAAUCAUAUAUGACUGAAUUCUUUGCAAAAAAGACUUCAUAGCUGUUGUGAAGUUUAAUUUGUUUCACAAUUUGUAUAUCCAUUUUGAGCUUGACUGCAGGCUUCUGCAGUUGUCCAAUAGCUGUAAAAUGCAUUGGUCAGUGUUUGCUUCCGAAAGAGGGGCAUUUCAGCAAUGGCCCUCAAAUCCUGGAAUCACAGAGUCCUUCAGCCUGAUAGUCAACUCCCAGAAACAAACCUUUUCACCCAACACCAUGAACACCAUUGAACCUCUUAGUGAACAAAUAUAUAUC